AUGAACGCUUUGGUAUUUGGUGCUACUGGGCUCUGUGGGAGCGCAUUUUUGAGACAUGCUGCACAAUCUCCAGCAAUAAGCAAAGUUUAUGCAAUUACAAGAAGUGAACUUCCAGAGGACUUGAAAUCCAGCAAGGUGUCUUCAGUUGUGAAUGGGGAGUCAGACAAGUGGAGCGAGUUGAUUCCUGAAGAUGCUGAAAUUUUCAUGACGGGUCUUGCCACUACAAGGGCAGCAGCAGGUGGAUUGGACAAACAGUACAAGAUUGACCAUGACAUGAACAUCGAGUUGGCCAAGGCAGCCAAAGCUAAGGGGUACAAAGUUUGUGUGAUUGUGUCUUCUUCUGGGGCCAGUGUAGACAGCAGACUUCCAUAUUUCAGGAUGAAGGGCGAGAUUGAAAGAGACAUCUUGGCCCUUGAUUUUGACAAGACGGUUAUCUUGAGACCUGGUGUUUUACUAGGACAACGUUACAGGAAUUUCCGUGGGUUUGGUGCUAAUGUUGCUGAGAAGCUAGGUGGAUGGGUUUACAGAGGUAAACUUCAAAGCUUGCUUUCGUACCCAAUCUACGGUGACGAGGUGGGCAAGGUUGGUGUUCAGUUGGCUACCGAUACUUCCAAGAAGGAAAAAGUGCAGAUUAUCGGGGCCAAGGAAUUGCUAGAGCUAUCUCAGGAGAAGAAGUAA